AUGCUGUCUGAUCAUCCAACGUCUUCAACUACACAACAGCCCUUUUCGAGCCCCCAGCCAGCCCCCAUACAACAAGCCGCAUCACCCCCAACGAAGCAGAGUUUGAAGAGCUGGUGGAAGACAUUUCGACCUCCUGCUAGGACUCAGGAGCCCAGUACUGGUAAAGACCCCCCAAAGUUUCUUUUGUUGAAGGCCCAGAAACAGAGUGAGGAUCUGGGCCAUUCUCUCUAUGCCAAUUUUGUUUCCAAUCUGCCGAGAAAUUUGGAUCCUCUAUUCAAGGAGAAUGCAAUGGACAACAAUACAUCAAUAGUAGACGGCACUCCAGAGUUUGCGACAGAUACAGUACCAGAAGCAGACGAAUUAGCGACAAAGACACAAUCAAGCACAACAACUUUCACAGGACAUACACAGUCUCUUCACGAGUACAAGUCUAGGAGUCUUCUCUGGCCGUCAUCUUCCAGUUUAGUGUCUGGAAAACAUAUUUUGAUGGACAAUUCUCAGCUCAAUUCCAACUAUGAAACCAGACACCCCCAGUCAACAAGUGGUAUAAAACGAAGAAAGAGAAGUUCUUUCAGCAAAAAACUGUCCAAGGAUAUAGCAGCUAAGCAGCGUUCCAAAAUCCGUGUUCAAAACAAUCAUAGCCAUUAUAUAAAGCAGCAAAGCACCCAAUCUCUAAGCAGAAGUCAACAAUUGCUAAACUUCUGUCGUUAUCAUCACAUAAAAUUCAGCUUGUUAAAAUUGGUAACAAUGAUAAAAUCAAAACUGACAAAAGAAACUCCAGAAUCCCAACCAACAGGUAUAUUUGGUGUACCUUUGCGACAGAGUAUCGCAUAUGCAAAUGUCGCUAUCUCCCUCGUCGAUGCCCAAGGACAAAGCUACAUAUAUGGUUAUGUACCAAUAGUGGUUGCAAAGUGUGGAGUUUAUUUGAAAGAGAAAGCAACCAAUGUUGAGGGAAUCUUCCGGCUCAGUGGCUCGGAAAAGCGCAUUAAAGAAUUGAAAACAAUUUUUGAUUCUCCCGAUCGUUAUGGAAAAGGCCUUGAUUGGGCUGGGUACACAGUUCAUGAUGCGGCAAACGUGCUACGAAGAUAUCUUAAUUUACUACCAGAACCAAUUGUCCCGCUUGAUUUAUAUUCGCGAUUUAGAGAGCCUUUAAGAGGUCAUACUAUGGCAGCAGUUGGCGACAGUGAUGGUAGCCCCCAAUUUUCUGACAAUUUUGAUGUCAACAAGGCCAUCGUUACUUAUCAGCAACUGAUCACCGAAUUACCCCCAUUGAAUCGUCAGCUAUUAUUAUACAUUCUCGAUCUCCUAGCAGUUUUCGCCUCAAAAUCGGAUGAAAAUAGAAUGACAGCAGUCAACCUCGCAGCCAUCUUCCAGCCCGGUAUGCUUUCACACCCGGAACAUGACAUGGCACCUGCGGAAUAUCGUCUAAGUCAAGACGUACUAAUUUUCUUGAUUGAAAAUCAAGAUCAUUUCCUAAUUGGGAUGAGAGGUACAGCAGCGGAUGAGCAGACAUUAAAUGAGGUGGAACACGGUACUCCUCCCCCAGGAACUCCCACUACGCCUGGUAGAUCGAAGACCGCAAUUGGAAGAUCCGCCUCAAAUGCUAGCGCUGGAGCCGAUAGUGUGCGCAAGUUCGGUGGCAUUCGACGUAAUGUGUCUGUCUCGUCCCGUCAUUCGCGACAGUCGAAUGGUGCCCCCAGCCCGGCAAGUCCAGCUUAUGGUAUUGCACUUACUUCUUCAUCCAGCGGUGGUGUUCAUAGAAGCAAUACUGUACCUUCAAAGAAAUCCCCUGGAUUGCCAUCAUCUCGAAUGAUUAAAAAUGCUGGCCCACCCUCACCAUCCCCAGCUGGCCUAACUGCCAAUCGUUCCAACGGACCUCGAGGUCUUUCACCUGCGCUUCCUCCAUCUCCUGGUCAUCUUUCGCCGUCUCCAGCUUUAGCACUGAACACGACUACCGAAUCAAGUCUUGCCGAUUCAGGCCAUACGGUGACCAGCCAGGAGCGCCUGAUUCCCGAAUCAAGUGAGCGCUCUCCUGAGGUCUCUACUCCAUCUAGAAUUGUCUCAAACCUGUUUCAGCGAUCACCUACGGAAAGUACCGAUAGACGACAACCUAAUAAGCUAAGGAAAAAACGUGCUCCAGGAAGCUCGAAUCUUAGCGCUCAGAGCUCGACAAAUUCUUUGAAUGGGCGAUCAUCUUCAAUCUCCCCGGGCCUUCAUGCAUCUCGUGGUAACUCGGAUCAUGCAGAGCAUCCUCAUCUGGAACAUUUGUCGACAUUGAACCCGAUAUUGUCUAAUACUCAAGCUACACCUCCCGCUACUGAAACCCCGCGUGCUGAACAACCUCCUCAUUUUACACCUAUGCGACCAGAGGAUCCUCACCACCCAUCCGAUAGAACCUUGCGCCCGGUCAUAUCACCUGUAUCUUCCUUACAUUCUCACUCAUCUUUCAAUGAUCAAUCGGAUCUUGAUCAUGGGGAAGAUCCUGCUCUCGCAGAGGCAAGAGAAAAACGUUCAAUGUGGCGUCUUUCGCGGCGCAGAGAUGACUCAAACACAUUGGGAGCUACAUUGAGCCCAAACAAAAAUGGGUCAGAUAGUGGUGCUGGUGCGAGCUCAAGUUCUGUAGGCAGCUCAGGCAGACCUCGAAAGAGUUUCACUGGCGAUACUGUGCCUGUCGGCCCUGACUCAGGCUUACCCCACGCUCAAAUCAUGUCCAGCAAUGAUAGUGGAUCUGUCGCGCCCGAGGAGAGAAGAGGACCCCUAGGAUGGAUCAAAAGCAAGAUGCGAGAGAAGCGAGAUGAGAGUCGGGAGAAGGAUGCUGAGCGGGAACGUAAUAAAACUCCGCCCGGCGAUCGCCCAUCUAACAUCAGUUCUUCGGCCCUAGCCCCGCGGCGCAAGAGCAUAGACGUCAAUAGAGGAGAAGAAUCUGAGCGUCCCAACGGGAAAGAGCAUAACUUAUCUCAAUAA